AAGAAGAGGUAUGAACCACAAGUUGCAACUCGUAAUGGAGUUUUGUAUUUAUUGAAGAUUAUCACCAAUUACAAGACAGUUAUAGGCCAAGGCUGUGUUUCAGUUCACAACAGGACACACGUGUGACUAGAAGGAUACGGUCAGCCAGAUGUGUGUCCUGUAGAGUGUGAGAAUGACCCGCUGCUCGGGAUGUCAACUGACGUCUGAUAAAAUUUUUAAAUGCCUGAACGCCUAGAUUGGCUUGCCAUCAUCACAGUACCUGUAGAUCGUCAGCGUUUGUAUUUGUUGCUGUCGUGGUCACUCGUCACUGUCAUGCACCUCGCGCCCAGCAACACAGAUGCUCACAAGUCCUUACUCCAAGUUGUCUCUUCUACUCAGUGUUAGUCUCAAGAGGAACUUUACUACUUUUGCUCAGAAGUUUUAUCGUCAACAACCUGAGCUCUGGCCGCCACGUGCUGGACCGAGGAGGUCUCUCUACCCUGGCUCACUUUGUGAUCGGACUCGGCCGCUACAUGUCGUCACACGCCUCUGCCACGACGAGAAGACACAGGUCGAUGCCAAGAUGGUCCGUAUUCUCAAUGUGGCCGAAAAGAACGAUGCGGCAAAAAGCAUCGCAGAAAUAUUGUCUAGGGGCGGCUACAACAGGAGGGAUGGUUACAGCGUUUACAACAAGAUCUAUGAAUUCGACACAAUGAUAAGUGGCCAACAGUGUCAAAUGGUGAUGACGUCCGUGUCAGGUCAUCUGCUGAAUCACGCGUUUACAGGAACCUUCCGCAAAUGGCUGGGCUGUAGUCCCCUCAGCCUGUUCGAUGCUCCGAUGGUGAAGAACUGUCCCGAAGAUAGGGAGCCUAUUAAGCGGACACUAGAGAGAGAGGUCCGUCGUGCGUCCCGGCUCAUCAUCUGGACGGAUUGUGAUCGUGAGGGGGAGAACAUCGGCUUUGAGAUCAUCGACGUGUGUAAGGCCGUCAAGCCGGACCUGUUCGUGUUAAGGGCCAAGUUUUCAGAGAUCACCUUUCAGUCCAUCCAGCGAGCAUUACAGACCCUUGGGCCCCCAGACAAGCGGCAGAAUGAUGCUGUUGACGUGCGAUCUGAACUGGACUUAAGAAUAGGCGCUGCAUUCACGAGGUUCCAGACGCUCCGAUUACAGAAGGUGUUUCCGCAGACUCUGGUCGACACUCUCAUCAGUUACGGGUCGUGUCAGUUUCCCACUCUAGGGUUUGUGGUCGAGAGAUACAAAGCCAUCCAGGAAUUCAUCCCUCAGCAGUUUUGGAAGAUUAAAGUCACACACGCGGGAGAGGAGGGCAUCAUUGAAUUCCAUUGGCGGCGAGUGCGGUUGUUUGACCAUUUGGCGUGUCUGGUGCUGUUCGAGAAGUGCCAGGAGAACCCACUAGCUCGAGUCACCAAAAUAACCACGAAGAACAAGACCAAAUGGCGACCACUGCCCCUUGACACAGUGGAGAUGGAAAAGUUGGUGUCACGGAAACUACGCAUCAACGCAAAGGAAACCAUGAAAAUUGCAGAGAAACUUUACACACAGGGAUAUAUUAGUUACCCACGAACAGAGACCAACAUCUUCCCCAAGGAGCUGGACCUUCGACCUCUUGUACAGAUGCAGACAGACGAUGUGAAUUGGGGAGGUUUCGCUGGCAGAGUAUUAGAAGAAGGGCCCAACCCACGCCACGGCAAGAAGUCCGACCAGGCCCAUCCUCCCAUCCACCCAACUAAAUAUGUCUCAACGCUACAAGGCAACGAACAGAAGAUUUAUGAGUUCAUCGUACGACACUUCCUGGCCUGUGUGAGUAAAGACGCCCGGGGCACGGAAACCAUCGUCGAGAUUGACAUUGAGGGUGAACUGUUCAGUGCAAAUGGUCUUAUUAUCCUGGAGCGGAACUACCUGGAGGUGUAUCAUUACGAUCGUUGGAGUGAUAAGGUAAUGCCACGGUACGAGGAGGGUCAAGAAUUCACCCCAACUUCGGUGGACAUGACCGAUGGAGAGACUUCACCGCCGGCUCUCCUGACUGAAGCAGACCUGAUCGCCCUUAUGGAGAAACAUGGCAUUGGAACGGAUGCCACUCAUGCGGAUCACAUCGAGACGAUUAAAUCCCGCUCGUACGUAGGACUACAGGACAUGCGGUUUGUGCCCGGCCAGCUCGGCAUGGGCCUGGUUGAAGGGUACGAUGCCAUGGGCUUCCACAUGUCAAAACCCAACUUACGAGCUGAACUGGAGGCAGACUUGAAGAGAAUCUGUGAAGGAACGAAGGAGCCGGACGUUGUACUGCGGGAACAGAUCGUUAAAUAUCGGCAGUACUUCGUGGAGGCAUUACGGCAGGCUAAGAAGAUCGACACGGCUUUGAGUAAGUUUCUGGACGAGGAGCCUCACCAACGCCCAGAUGACGUUCCCAUCCCCGACAUACCACAGUUUACGCCUGUGUCCAAGUGUGCGUUGUGCGGGUGUGACAUGGUGGUGAAACAAAAGCGUGAUGGUGCGUUCUUCAUCACGUGCCAAGGCUUCCCAGAGUGUCGUUCGUGUAUUUGGUUCCCCAAUAUGGUGAUCGCCGCCUCCAUCUGUGAGGAAUCGUGCUCUCAGUGUGAUGGAUCGCCUAAGAAAAUCAAGUUCAAGUUCAAACCUCGGUCGUAUUACCCCUACAUCCCCGACGAGUACGAGACCUGUGUCGGAGGAUGUGACCCAGAGUUUCUAGAGAUAAUCAACGUCAAACCUCUACCUUCUCCCCGGGGACAAGGAGGAGGACAGUUGGCCCCGAACAGACCAGCAGGUGCCCCAUCCAACAGGGAUAACUUCCCAAACACAAACACCAACCAGCAGACAAUAAUAUCCUUCCAACGUAGAGGCAACGCCAACAACAACGCUAGUACUGGUAUCAAUGUAAACAAUACUAAUGCCGCUAAUAAUGCCGGUGGCAGCAACAAUGAAGGAGGCCAAACUUUUGGUAGAAGUGCAGACACAUCUGGUAGAGGCCGUGGGAGCCAGGGAAGAGGAAGAGGAAGAGAAGGUUAUGGCGCCACAAAUAACGACAGUGCCACAAACGGCAUGGGCUCUUUUUCUACUACCGUUGGGUCAUCACCUCCCACUAAUCUCUCGUGGAAUGGCAACAGACAAGAAGAUCGGGAUAAUGCCAUUAUGUGCAAUUGUAACGAGGAAGCCCUCUUGCUCACCGUGCGGAAAGAAGGCCCAAACACUGGUCGUAGGUUCUACAAGUGCCACAAGUUCGAAGGCGGAUGUAACUUCUUCCUGUGGGAGGACCCAAACGAAAAUGAUAACCGUGGUGAUGGUGGAGGGGGAGGAGGUGGAAGUGGAGGAUGGGGGGGAAGUGGUGGAGGUAGCAGCGGUUACAUGUCCACUUCAGGAGGGAGUGGAGCUUCGUCAUCUGGAUGGAAUGGAGCAUCCACUUCAGGUUUUAACGGAGGUGGUGAGCCGUCCGAGGAGGGUGUGGUUCUCUGCAAUUGUUCCAUACCUGCCAAGAAGUUAGUGGUGAAGAAGGAGAGCCCCAACAAAGGCCGAGAGUUCUACAUCUGCACCAAGGGCCAGAGUGAGCAGUGUCGGUUCUUCAAGUGGGCGGACGAACUGCCAGAGGGCGGUGGAGGAGGAGGAGGAGGAGGAGGCAGUUCGUGGAAUAAUGACUCAGGAUUUGGGAAUUCACGUGGAGGUAAAAGAGGGGGAGCGAGGGGAGGAAAGAAGCGCGCGGCACAGGGAGGCGAGCAGCCCAAGAAGAGGAAGUGUGGAGUGUGUGGGGAAGUGGGGCACAACAGGAAGAAUUGCCCACAGAAUGAUUAUUAAUUUCAACGUUGUAGUUUUAAGCGGUGAUCAAGCGGAGAACUAGAACCCGGAUUAGUGAGUACUGUGUUGUACAUAUUAAGCAUUUGUGGAGAUGUGUAAAAAAAAAGAUUAUUUUAUUUUUUUAAUUAAAGGAUAUAAAGUGAACAUUGUACAGACAGUAGGUGUAGAGAGGUUUGGUCCUUAGUAAGUAUAUAUAUAAUAAAUAAGUGAGUCUUUAAGUACAUGAAGUAACUAAGUGAUUUAAGUUUAUAAAAUCAGUUAAGUAUUAAGUCUUUGAAUAUGAACUACUAUCAUUACAGUGACCCCUCGUUUAACGAGCGCCUCGGUUAACGAACUGCCUUCCAUAAGGAUCU